AUGGCAGCGCUACAACGCGAGAAUCAGCUAAUGGCGAGCGCUUGGUAUGAUCUAGCUGGCCGACUGCAGUACCAGAGCGCGCCUGCUGGACGGCGGAGGUACGAGCCCAAAAGCUGGAUUGGAAAGCAGCGGGCUCUUGUGGGACCUCACAACAACCUAGUGGGACGGCAGUGA